GCAAGAUGGCCCAGCAUCCGCCAAGCAAGCUUUCACGGAGGUCUGCAGCAUGUACGACCGCCGUUGGGGCCAGCUUCCAGCAAACCGUCGAAGCGAGGUGCUGGCGGACGUUACCAGGAUUUGCAGAUGCAAGUCCGUGAAGGAGGUCUUGGCCGAGCUGAUGCCAGCGGCACCCGGCGAGGAGGACCUUGCGGAGCUCCUGCUGUGGGCCAACAAGAACAGCCACAACGUGAAGGCGAUUCUCCAGGUGCCAGAGUUCCCCAUGAAAGCACAUCCGCUGACAGACAGCUGGCGGAGCGGUGUCAAACGUCGGCAGCAGCUUUGCGCAGAGGUGGACGAGGCACUUGCCAGCGGCCGCCCAAAAGCCGAGUGCUUGAAACUGCUUCUGGAUCUGGCUCGACACCCGCAACAUCCUGAAGAGCAGCCUGCCAGCAAGCAUCGCUUCGCCUCUCGCGAGGAGGCCUCGGCCGCUGCUGCCUUGGCGCGACGGGAGGCGGAGACCCGAAAAAGCGCCAAGGGAUCCGGGAAGGGCCUCAAUGCUGACCUGCCGACUAUGAGCAGCAAGCCGGUUCUCGCCGACUUUUUG